AUGGGACCGAACCUGAUGAACAGAAACGAACUGACCUCAUGGAAUUAUAUGAGCGCUGCAUUUUUCGACGAUGAUUGUUUGUCCCCGGAAUCUUGUGCUAAAGAUUCCCCCAUGCACGAGAGAAAAAUAAGCCUAAGCUCACCGCCAUCAUCUAGUCGAUACGGCAGAAGUUCCAGUGAUUCACCUAGACAUCAAGAAUUUCCACCAAACUCUCAAAUGGAUUCGAUGACCUCACCGUCGUAUUCUUUAUCACCAAUAUCACCGAAAUAUUACCCAACCUCACCGUCGGGUUCACCAUUAUCACCACCGGCUUACUCCCCUGCAUCGCAGUAUUGUUCUCCAACAUCAUCAACUUAUUUCCCGACAUCACCAUCAUACUCAUCAUCAUUACUAAGUUAUUUGCCAACAUUGCAAACAUUUUCACCAAGCUACAACCCAUCUAGCCCUGUUUACAGCCCAUAUAGUCCUCCUUACAUUCCAUCUACUUUUGGUUACAAACCAUUUAACUCUAAUUACAGUCCAUCCAGUUCUGGCUCUAAAUCAUUUAAUCCUGGUUACAAUCCAUUCAGCCCUGGUUACAGUUCAUCUAAAUUUGGUUACAAUCCAUCUAGCCCACGUUACCUUUCACCUUGCUUAAGUUACAGUUUAUCUAAUUCUGGUUACAAACCACCCAGUUCUGUUUGCAAUCCAUCAAAUCCUAGUUACAAUCCGUCUAGUCCUGGUUACAGCUUAUCCAGCCCUGAUUACAGUUCAUCUAAAUUUGGUUACAAUCAAUCGAGCCCUCGUUACAGGCUAUCUAACUCUAGUUACAGCUCAUCUAAUCUUGGUUACAAACCAACCAGUAAUGGUGACAAUCCAUCAAAUCCUAAUUACAAUCCAUUAAGUCCGGGUUACAGACCAUCUAGCCUCCGUUAUAGUCUCUCUAGCUCAUGUUACAAACCACCUAGUCUUGGUUGA